GAUCGGUUAAUAAACUUACCGGUUUUAUGAUAUGGCAAUAAAAUAUGUUACUUCACUAAACCGUGGUCAUUGGCCACCAUAUUGUUUUGUUUUGCUAGUGAGAUAGAACUGUGGCAUAGUACGUUUUGUUUGUAAAUACUUGAAUUAACUCUAUCCUCUCAUUAUUAACAUAAGAAUUAAAAAAAGUACUUAUAGAUAUAUUACAGGUGAUGUAAUUUAGGAAUUCAGCUGUGUUAAAACAUACUGUGUCAUAUUAAAAUUUUCAAAACGAUUUUGAGUUAAUUAUUUAAUUUUUAUUAAUUAUACAAAAUCAAUGGAUCAAAUGCAAGCUCCGGCUAGUUUGCCGCAUUUAGUGCAAAUCUAUCCACCGUCUGUGUCCAUUCACCCAUCUUUGCAGUCGCAGGGUAAAGUUUCCUAUCAACAGACGAUCACAUCUGAAUCUCUCCACAUACCAGUAACGUCGCACAUACACGAUAUAUCCAAUCAACACCUGAUAUCACAGAACCAGACUGUGUGUCAUCAAAUCCACCUGCAAAAUGUCCAACCGCUGCAAACUCAAAUGACUUCCCAGGUGAUACAGGGUGAUAUGAGCCAGCUUCAGAUCACGUCGCAUGUAAUUCUGCCGCAGGUGCCGGUUUUUAAGCAGCAUUUGUUAAAUAACAGCUUGUCCCAAUCAUACUAUGGACCAUAUGAGACCUAUGUUAAAGAUGCACAAUGUGUUAUUGCUAAAGUUGAACCCGCAGUUCAGAUGACAAACGAAAAGGAAGUAGAGUGUAAGACUGAACAUAUAACUCAUGUGGAGGUAGAGAAGCUUCUAACUGUGAAAAAAAGAUCCCGAAGUCAGGUCCCAAACCCAAGUAAGUGGGCAUGCAAUGUACGCAAACUGAAACACCAGAGGGGUGAAGCAUACAUUAAUAGAAGGGGAAAGUAUGUCCCAGAAAGAAAAGUCCGGAAUACAAAAGAUUGUUUGAAAUCUUGUCGAUACAAAUGCAAUGAAAGAAUCAAUGAUGUCGAUCGUCAGCUUCUAUUCAAAGCAUUCUAUUCAUUGAAUGCCAAUGAAAAGAAACAUUUCCUGCUGAACACAACAGAUAGAAACAUCACCAAACACAACAAAGUCUUGAAUGCGGACCACAAAAGAAAGUAUUCCUUUAAAUACUUCUUCCUAGUUAGAGGCGUUCGAUACACUGUAUGUAAGAAUUUCUAUUUAGGCACCCUAGCGAUAUCACAGAAACCUGUUUAUAACGUGCAUCUGAGUAAAUCUGACGUGAAUUUGCCGAAGCCUGACGGUAGAGGACUAUCUGAGACGAGUACACACAGUUUGCCAAUGGAGAUUAAGGAAAAAGUACGUUCACAUAUAAUGUCUUUUCAUACAGUAGACUCAAAGCCAAUAAAACAGUUCUCAAGGAAAAAACAAUAUUUGGAGUGCAACUUGAGUAUAAAGCAGAUGUACACAAUGUAUGUAACCGAAUGUGAGAGAGAUAACACCAUGUGUGUCAAAGAAUCCAUGUACAGAAAGAUAUUUAAACAAGAAUUCAACAUACAUUUCAAGAAAGAUAAAAACCAGCAGAUGUGCUGUCGCUGCAGGGGCUCCAUUAAGAAGAAGUGAUAAUUACAGUCUUAAUUGAAUUGAAUUAAAUAUAACUCGGUCAUGUACACUAAAUAGAUUGAAGACGCCAUAUUUUAAUAAAAAUUUUAUAUUUUAAAUAUGAGGAAUUAUUCAAGGAGGUGCAUAUUUGUCUUGUCUUUUAUGGAUAAAUUUAUGUCAAAUGUUAUAUAUUUUUUUAUAGUCUGUGCUUUUUGAAAGUGUUGCCACAUACGUUUAAAAAAACAUUAUGAGUUAAUAUAAUUUUGUUCAAAUAAAAUAGUAUACGAAAGACUGAAAAUAUUAUUUGCUAACAAUUUUAUUUCGUUUUUACAAUGACUAGUCGUAUCAACGUGAACAUAAUGUGCUGCCAUACAUAUAUUACUAAUAUUAAGUCAAUAUGUAAUUAUUUUUAUACAUAAACAUGAGAAUGCAUAAAAUAUAAAUGAAAGAAA